UCGUGAAAAAGCGCGCGAGGAGGGGUAUAAAAGUUCCCAUUUCCCUCUUUCAUUUUCAGUUUGAAUUGAAAUUUGAAAUUUCAAUGGCAGAAGAAUUCUCAACGGGAAUGGCAAUGGUACCACACGCAAUCUCCACGAAGAAGCGACCAGCAAAGAACGAGAAGAUCUGCCUCGAAGAUUACAUUCAUCUUCUUCACUCUCGCCACACCGUUGAUCUCACCAUGAAUCAACUCAAUCAGGUCAUUCGUAUUCACGGCUUCAAGAAAAUUCAUCACGCUCCUAAGAAAGUGUUGACUGAUGCUGUGGACGCGAUCGAUCUGGUGGAUCUACCACGAUCUACGCUUUCCGAGAGCAUUUCCGCGUUCGCUGUGCUGACGGUGGAGGAAGCUGUUGCAGAUCUCAGCGAUCUCAACUGGCAAGAAUGUUGUGUCACUUCUAUCCAGAAAUUCGGUUGCUGCGAGGAUAGGAGAUCGUUUCCUGCUUCCAUGGAUCAGAAUCCCGGAGUCGCGAAUCAGUCGCACUCACAGAGCCGUAGUCUCACUCCUGAAACUUUUAAGCGUAAGCUAGAAGCUGCAAAAUUGGUGCCGAGGCGUAAGAGGAGCAGUAUUCAAUCUCUUCAAUCUUCCGUGUCAAUUGUUGAUUCUGCUUCGUGCUGAGUAAAUGACUCAAUCAUUCUCUUGCUUUUCUCUCUUACAGUUAUAGACUUAUAGUAUAUGUGUUGUGUUGUUGAUCCAUUUAACCAAUUCUAGGUUUGGAUUAUGAAGAUGUAAAGAUAGUGAAUGUGAUGCUUCAUACUAUAUCAGUAAAUUUUACAUUGAGUUCUUUCCCUGAGAUAAGAAUAGUUCUUUCUGUUUGUUGUAUGCUUGAUACCCUUAUUUUAGCAUGUAGAUAUUAGUAAUUUCUGAUUUUGA